GGGCCGGCUCCGGCCUCGGGCCGCUCUCGCCCGGCCCCGGCGGCCCCUGCCCGGCCGCACCAUGCCGCGGCGGCGCGGCUGCCUGCCGCCCUUGCUCUGCGCGCUGGCCGCCCUCAGCCUGCCGCUGCUGCUGGCCGCCGAGCCCCGCGCCAAAAGUUGCUCCGAAGUGCGGCGGCUCUACGCCGCCAAGGGCUUCAGCCAGAGCGAAGCGCCCAGCCACGAGAUCAGCGGUGACCACUUGAAAGUCUGCUCGCAAGGCUACACAUGCUGUUCUCAAGAAAUGGAGGAGAAGUACAGUCAGCAGAGUAAACACGACUUCAGAAAUGCCGUCGUAGAGCUUAGCAAUCACUUACAAACCAUGUUUAGUUCCCGAUACAAGAAGUUUGAUGAGUUCUUCAAAGAACUUCUCGAAAAUGCUGAGAAGUCGCUGAACGACAUGUUCGUGCGGACGUACGGCCGCUUGUACAUGCAGAACUCGGAGCUGUUCAAGGACCUCUUCGUGGAGCUGAAGCGGUACUACGUGGGUGGCAACGUCAACCUGGAGGAGAUGCUCAACGAGUUCUGGGCGCGCUUGCUGGAGCGCAUGUUCCGGCUGGUCAACCCCCAGUACCACUUCACGGACGAGUACCUCGAGUGCGUCAGCAAGUACACCGAGCAGCUGAAGCCCUUCGGGGACGUGCCGCGGAAGCUCAAGCUACAAGUGACGCGAGCGUUCGUGGCCGCCCGCACCUUCGCGCAGGGCCUCGCGGUUGCCAGGGACGUCGUGAGCAAAGUGUCCGCGGUGAACCCCACACCGCAGGGUACACGGGCGCUGCUGAAAAUGAUGUACUGUCCGUACUGCCGAGGUCUGGUAUCGGUGAAGCCCUGUUACAACUACUGCUUUAACGUCAUGAGAGGCUGCUUGGCCAACCAAGGGGACUUGGACGCCGAGUGGAAUAUCUUUAUGGAUUCGAUGCUGCUGGUAGCAGAGAGGCUGGAGGGUCCCUUCAACAUUGAGUCAGUCAUGGACCCCAUUGAUGUGAAAAUUUCCGAUGCAAUCAUGAACAUGCAGGAAAACAGCAUGCAGGUGUCUCAGAAGGUUUUCCAGGGAUGUGGCCAGCCAAAAACGCUUGCCCAGGGUCGCACCGCCCGCUCCGUCUCCGAGAGCGGUUUCAGCGCCCGUUUCAGGCCCUACAACCCCGAGGAGCGGCCAACUACAGCCGCCGGCACGAGCUUGGACCGACUGGUUACUGAUGUGAAAGAGAAGCUGAAGCAAGCCAAAAAAUUUUGGUCUUCUCUCCCUGGCAACAUUUGCAAUGAUGAAAAGAUGUCUGUGGGCACUGUCAAUGAGAACGAGUGCUGGAACGGGAGCGCCAAGAGCAGGUAUGAAUUUGCGGUGACUGGAAAUGGCUUAGCAAGUCAAGUGAAUAACCCUGAGGUGGAAGUUGAUAUUACCAAGCCAGACAUGGUGAUUCGCCGGCAAAUCAUGGCUCUGCGAGUGAUGACCAAUAAGCUGAAGAACGCGUACAGCGGGAACGAUGUCGACUUCAUUGACAUAAGUGAGGAGAGCAGCGGGGAGGAGAGCGGCAGCGGCUGCGAGCCCCAGCAGUGCUCCCCGGAGUUCGAGUUCAACGCCACCGAAGUCACUGGGAACUCCAACAAGAGCGAUAAGAACGUGAACACUUCUGCCGCUACCAGGAGCGGUUUAUCGCCAGCGGCCUUGCUCCUUAGCGUUUUGUUCUUGGCCCUGCAAAGACAAUGGAGAUAAUUGUGCAGCGUAGGAAGGGGGGGGAAAAAGACUUUUAUUAUCAAAGUUAGAAGGCACCUGCUUUCACUUUUAUACCAUCUAGGGACUUUGCUUUUUAAGUUAAUGGACAACAGUGUACAGUUUUUACUAUGUUGCCACUGGUUUUAAGAUACUGAUUAUUUUUUUUUUCCCUUGCUAUUCUGGGAAUAACAGAAACGGGGACUACCAGUCUGUCCCGUUCACCAGGGAUCCAUCCAUGUUAGAGUUGGAUAACGAAAAUGUAUAUACAAGCCUGUAGUUAGCUCCGCAUUUGUGUCUUUUUUCACUUUUUUUUUUUUUUUUUUUUUUUCCUUUUACCAUAUUUCUUAUGAAAACAAAAAAAAACCCCAGGGUCUUUCCUUGGCCUGUAACAAGUAUGUGUUUCUGAAAUGAGAAAUAUCUGUACAGAAGCAGGUUUUAUUUAUCAUGUUAUCUUUUGGGGAGAAAAAAUAAUUGCCCAACAAGCAGAAAACACGUUUCAUGUAGUUAACUUCCCAUUUAUCCACAUUAUGUUAGUUGCCUUAUCUGGAAAGAAGUGGAGGUAAUUUGUCUUUAUUAUGCAGGAAAACAGAAGGUGAAGGCAGAGCUGGUCAGUGUGCCAAGUGCCCCAUUUGCAUAGGGCGUUAAUGCCAGGAGCAGGAUGUAUUUUUUUUUUUUUACAGGAGGUUUGGUUAAAUUGGAAGAGACUACAGAGAAUUCCAGUUCUGCAGACGCUAAGAAGAGUUGAUGUUUGUUCCCCGGGAUCCUUGCAAUUAGCUGUAACUCCUGUAGGUCAGUCCCUGACGUGCAUCCCCCGUGGGAAUAAGGCAUUAAACUUGUUCGGUUGGAAGCAACUUGUCGUCUUGCAGAUCCAAAUGCCAACGCGUGUCUUGUCUGCCAAUUUGUUAGAUGAAUGCUGGAUUCAUUUUUAAAUUUUGAAAUUUUUUUGUUCUGUAAGGAAUACUUGCCGGGCGGGGAGGCGGGGGGGCAUGCCGGGUUUGUUUUUGCAGGAAUUUUGGUUCCGAUGGGCGGCAAAAGGGCAGGAGCAGGCGGCAGCACCCCGCGGCAGUGUCGCAGGCAGGGCGGAGCAGGAGCAGGAGCAGGAGCAGGAGCAGGCAGGAGCUCCCGGGCUGAAGACGCCUCCUUCCCCGUGGAUUUGGUCUCCGGGGAGCCGAUGCCCAGCGACUGUAGCUUUCCGGCACAACCCGAGACACUCUCCUUUCUCUACCUGUGCUUUUGCAGUUGGAACAGUGUUGUGGUGAACAGCAACUCAUUAAUAAAAGAAAUGUAUAUUUUUAAGAAAAGAGAUUAAAUAAUUUUUAAAAUAGUUUAGGGAAAACAAAGUCUUUGGAAAGACUCAAAAUUAUUCUGCACGUCUCCUCCUGCUUUGGGUAGCCUUUAGGUCUGGCCGGACGCCGGGAUCUGGUCGGGAGAGCAAUCCAGAGAGAGAGGGUUUGCUCUAUUCCACCCUUUUGUUGUAAGGAUAAUUUUCUAUUUUUAUAUUGAAGCAUUAAUUACUCGUUAGCUCAGGGUCAGUGUUAUAUUCAACUUUAUUUUCACACCAAAUUUCUGCAAAGCUAUAAAGAGGGAGUAUUCUUGGCUGGUAUAAACAAUCCUGGAGGCUUAAUUUUACUAGAAGUAGCCAGUUAUUUAUUAAAACAUGAUGUUAGUAGAGUUACGGAUAUUCUGGCUAGAUUAUUUUUCUUUAGAAAAUAAAUCAUGGAACCAUAAAAUUGAAAAAGUUAUAAAUUUAUGUGUGGGAAAAAAUGGAUUGUAAAUAGCUAAGUUGCCUUGCGAGGAAUUGGAAAAUGUGCUGAUACUUAGAAACUACCUCAGUUCUGAGGAAUUUCCUUUCUAGCUUUGAGUGCUAUUACAUUUACUUGGUAGAAGUGAAUCUGGUCUCCAAUAUGUAGCUGAAAGAGUUAUCCCUGUAGACCUUGUUAGAUUGUUUUUAAUUUAGAGGGUUGAACUACAUCCAGCUGUUUUCUUUCAGCUAAGUUCCCUAACAAAGAGAAUUUCUGAAUUAAAUAUUGCUGAUGGUUUCCAUGACUUUUCCUGAUUUGUUUGGUUUCAUGGCAUUUUCUGAUUGCCCUUUAAUUAUUUAAAUGGUUCUAGCCAUUUGAAUUUUAAUCCUGAAAUAAACAAACCUUAGAUGCACUACCAUUGUAAAUAUAUCGCAGUAAGGUCUGACUGGAUAACCCUUCUGGCUUAUACCCAGCUGGCAGGCCUGCGAAGUUAAAUGAAGAAAAAAAAAAAAAUAAAAAUAAAAAAUUAAACUUCUUCGGAGCUCAGAGAAUGGUGGAACAAAAGCCCUUGUGUUCAGAGGGGCUGACUUCUCCAACAUUGCCCUUCUUGGCGUAAGUGUUCAUAUGUAAGAAAGUUGCUUGUAAAUUCUCCUGCUUUCGAGCGUUUCUGCUCAGAAAAAAAUGUUUCUGGAUUUAUAUUUAUCGUUUUACAACUAAUUGCUUACUAAUUAUUAUUCCUUAGUUUGGUACAAGCCACCAAUGCAAAGACCUGCUGCGAGUUUUAAGCGUGUCCAGUUGGCUUUGUUAAUAGCACAACAAUCCUCCACUAUAUAAAGGACAGAUUUGUCACCUGGGGCUACAGGAAACAAGAGUAAACAUCAAUGUAGGAUGAUCAAAA